CCACUGUAGGCUGCCAUAUUGAUUCAAUAUCCUCCAUCCACGCUUCGUUCAUGUCGACUCAUUUCUGUCUUGUGCUUGCUGUUAUCAAGGUGUCAUGCACCAUAGUUAGCCUACUGAGUGUUUAGAUGGAAUAAAAUAUCUAACAUCAUUGAUGUGAAGUGAAUAUGCUCAAACCACUCUAGGAUAUAAUUGUUUUGAAGCAAGGAUUUUUGGGUUGGAGAGUAAAUUCGAUCUCGACCAGUCAUGUGAUCAAUCGAUCGAGUCUAUAAUCCCGUUCAAGAUGGCUGCGAAUGUGCAGUCGAUGUGUCAGUUUUGGAAGACCUUCGAUUUACAAGACUUACAGAAAGAACUUGACACGACUGCUACAGACCUCGCUAACAAACAAGAUGAAAGCGAUAUUUCCAGAAAACGACUCGUAGAACAGAGCCGAGACUUCAAGAAAAACACCCCAGAAGACAUUCGUAAAGUUGUGGCUCCAUUAUUAAAAAGCUUUCAAGCCGAAGUUGACAGUCUUUCAAAACGCAGCAAAUCAGCUGAAGGAGCCUUUUUAUCUGUAUAUAAAAAACUUAUAGAUUUACCAGAUCCUGUCACUGCACUAGAACACGCCUUGCAGAUUCAGAAGAAAGCACAUCGAGUCCAGGACUUGGAGAUUGAAAACAAACAACUACGGGAAACACUAGAUGAAUAUAAUCAUGAAUUUGCAGAAGUCAAAAAUCAAGAGGUGACGAUAAAACAGUUAAAAGACAAGUUAAAGGAACAUGAAGACAAACUUGAAUCAACUGCAGAGAGUCGAGCCAAAGAAAAAGAGAGGGAACUGCAAAGAAGUUUUGCCGAAAAAGAACGUCAACUUCAAGAAACCCAGUUAGCCGUUGCUAAGAAACUCGGAGAAGCAGAACAAAAGAUUUCAUCACUUCAACUAUCUCUAGAAACUAUUCAAUCUGAGUUGUUUGAAGCUAAGGCUAAACAUGAUGAAACCUCCACAGCAAAAUCCGAUGAAAUGGAAAUGGUCAUGGCUGAUCUAGAACGGGCCAAUGAGAGGGCAGCAGCUGCAGAACGUGAAGUAGAACAGCUUCGUAUCCAGUUUACCUCAGCCACCAGAAAUCAAAGUGAGGCAGAGCAGACGCAUCAAUCCAGCGACAUGGAGCAGGCUAUUGAUAUUCUAAAACGCUCCAACUUAGAGGUGGAACUUGCUGCCAAAGAGAAAGAGAUCGCCCAAUUGGUAGAGGACGUCCAGAGACUACAGGCAUCAUUAAACAAAUUGCGGGAGUCCACGGCUUCACAGGUCUCGGCACUAGAAGAAGAACUUUUAUCUAAGACAAAGGCUUUGCAGGUUUUAGAAGAAAAGCUUCGAACACAAGACGAUUAUGAGGAAGUGAAACGUGAACUCAACGUUCUAAAAUCAAUAGAAUUUAGUAGCAAGGAAGAAGGGAAAGGCAAAUCUUUAGAAGUUUUGUUAUUGGAGAAAAAUAAAGCUUUACAAUCGGAGAAUACGACGUUGAAAGUUAACAACACAGAAGUCACAGGAACUUCAUCGCCUCCGUCUCCAAGUAAUUCUAACAAGGGAAACUUUGCGUCCCCGACCAACGAAGACGCAGUUCAAUCUACCAACACUCUCAGUUCCAAACCCUCUACGCCAUCGUCCAACGGAAUUCCCUCGGAUACGCCUCCUGUUAAUCAUCAUCUUCCAUUUUCUCCGGAUGCUCGUUUUCCACCGCCUAUGGCGUUUUUUCCAUUUCCUGGAUCACCAAUACAUCCAAGUUUCAUGCCUUUAAAUAUGAUAAAGAAUGAGUCUCCGUUGUCGAGCUCAGGUGCAUUAGACACUUCAUAUGUGGCAAAAACAGUGCGUGAAAUUCUAAGUGUACAUAAUAUAGGCCAAAGACUGUUUGCCAAACACGUGCUGGGACUUUCCCAAGGAACUGUGAGUGAACUUUUAUCAAAGCCGAAGUCUUGGGACAAGUUAACGGAGAAAGGCCGUGAAUCGUAUCGGAAAAUGCACGCCUGGUCAGUGGAUGACAGAAAUGUUCUUGCUUUAAAAGCUAUUUCACCAAAGAGGGGCUCUCAACCAUUAGUAUCAUCCUUACCAAAAGAAGAUUUAGCAACUGAAGAGAGAAUUGCCCAUAUUUUAAAUGAGGCAAAUCAAGCUAUGCAUAUAAAGAAAUCGAUAGAACAGCAACAAGUUGCCAAUGCUGUGGUAUCUAGCAUUUAUCAGCAGGAGCUGUCUCGAAUGGUUGGCGGGAACCAAUCACAUCACAGUUCAUCUACAACACCAGUGUCUAGUGUCUCCUCCAAGGUCCACUCAACCACUCACAAAAUAUCUGGAGAUCGGCUCUCCCGCCAUUCUGUCAGUUCUCAGGAAAGCGAGGCGUCCGCGGAAGAAAUGGUCAGUCGCAUUUAUCGACAGGAGUUGGAAAAGUUGGCCAAAGCUGCUGAAAGUGCAGGAAAUAUUGCGGCAAGCUCCAUGUAUCAACAAGAACUAGCCCGUCUGGCCCACACGUACAGCCAAAUAAAACUACAGUCGAACGGUUAUGAUGGCCACAAUAUCUUCGAUACGAAAAUGGAAUGGAAUGUGAAAUCGGAGCCGCCAGAUAGCACGUCUGACGACAUGUGUAAUAAUAAUGGUCCAAUAGACCUUAGUAAACAUGGCUCCUGCUCCUCGCCACCGUCACCUAACGGAGAGUUGACCGACUCCCGUCAUUCUGGAAGUGCCUUUAAUCUUGUCCGACCUCGUUUGAACGGACACGAUUCUUCUGAGAACUCUCGACAACCAUACUCCUCCGAAUCUUUAUCUCCUUUGCAAAGGAUGCAAAAUAUUGCCAAUUCUUUGACCUCCCGACCUCAACUUGGAAUGCCACCUUCGAAACCACUACGAGCAGUGCUCCCGCCGAUAACGCAGGAAGAAUUUGAUAAUUAUUCAAACGUAAAUACCGACGAUCUGGUCAAAAAGGUGAAAGAAACACUGAGUCAAUACUCCAUAAGCCAAAGACUAUUUGGAGAAACUGUACUGGGAUUGUCACAAGGGAGCGUCAGUGAUCUAUUGGCCCGACCCAAGCCGUGGCACAUGCUUACGCAGAAAGGGAGAGAGCCAUUCAUUAGAAUGCAGUUGUUUUUAGAAGAUGCCGAGGCCAUCCCCAAACUGGUGGCUUCCCAGUAUCGAAUCCCUCCAGACAAGUUAGUACGUAGCCAAAGUAGAUCGGCAGAUGAACAACCCACAGAAAUUCCUUCAAGUGACAACAAGUCUUCUAAACCUUUACCACUGGUACCUACGCUACCCCCAGCCGUAGCUCCACCCACUACAGAUGUCCUCAUGCAGGAACAUCGAAAUUGGGGGGCAACUACAUUUCCCUCCUCCAUGCUGGAGGUCAUUGCGAUGACCUCUGAGAUCGACACACUCGAUUUAACAAGUAGAGUCAAAGAUGUUCUUCAGUUUCAUAAUCUCGGCCAGAAACUGUUUGGUGAAGCUGUUUUAGGGCUAUCCCAGGGUUCUGUUAGUGAACUACUCUCUAAACCAAAACCUUGGCACAUGUUAAGCAUCAAGGGGAGAGAACCCUUCAUUAAAAUGCACUUGUGGCUGAGCGAUCCUCAGAAUAUAGAUAGAUUAAAACAUUACCAAAGUCAAAUCAAAGCUCACCGAAGGAGAAAAGGCAGCUUAGAUGAUCGGUAUUUUGAAUCUCCAUCACAGCCAAAGAGACCCAGGGUAUUUUUUAACGAAGAUCAAAAGGAUGUGCUACGAUUAGCUUAUACCCAGGACCCUUACCCUAACCAGAGUACCAUCGAGGCGUUAGCAACGGACCUGGGAGUCGGGGUAAAAACUGUCAUAAACUGGUUUCAUAAUCACAGAAUGCGCGCUAAGCAACAGCAUCACGCGGGUGGUACGAAUGCUACGCAGCAAAAUGGGAAUGCAGAUGCCAUUAAAAGUGAACCUCAUGAUGAAAGCUCCAAUCAGAGUGAAGGUUCUAGCUUAUCAGGAGAAAACGCUCGGCAUUUAAGUGGAGGAAGUAAUAGCAGCAGAGGUUUCGGUCGAAAGGAAACCCAGCAAUGGAUGUUCCCACAGUUUGAACCUGUUAAACACAGCAGACAUAAACACUCGUCGGGAGAGGAUGAAGAUGGCGGCUCGGAAAACGAUGAUAUAAACAUGCAUUCAUAUAACGACGAUGAUGGAGGUUCCGACAUCGACGCAGAAGCUGAGGACGAGAUCGAUGGAGACAAGCCAAAAUGCUUUUGGGAAAAUCACGAAUCAAACACGGAUUAUAAAUCUAAUCCGACCCCGCAAUCUGCAAGUGUGAAUAAAAGAAAGCGAUCAAACCCGCAAAGGGUUUUUGAGGGAACUCAAUUGGAUAAAACUGAAACGCGAGUCCCGAAAGGCAAUGGUGCUAUAAAAGAUUCAAAAGAAGCAGACGGGAAAAAUCUGUCGGACGACGCAAAUAAUGAUGUCGAGGAAAACGACGAUAAUGACGGAGAAAGUGACUCUGAACUAUUAUGUGAGCGUGUGAAAAAAAUUGAGAAACUUCAGAAAGGAGUCGAAGGUGUGUCGGAAAUAUGGGACGAUGUCGAUCGCGGUGCAAACAUAAACAAACUCGAAAAAAACAUCGAAAAUGAUUCCAGUGAAGAUUGGGAAUUUUGAAACUUGUUACCUCAUGGUAGCGUAGCUUACAGAUAAUAUCACUUUUUAAACUUUGUUACCAAAAAUAUAUGGUAAAAAAAACAAAUCUAUUUUUGUACUUUUCACGAUACUUUUAAUUGACUAUUUUUAUUCUUUUACUCUUCAAAUGUUUACGAAGAUUUACUCUGACACAUUUAUUGUAUCAUAUUUUACAAGUGCUUUAGUCCAGUUGUC